GGGCCAGCCCCCCAACGCCGCGGGGAGCACUGGGCGCCCAAUCCCCGCACUCACCCACUCUCUUUCUCCGCGAGUCCAGUGUGAAGCAUGGUGGUUUUAGAGACCGUUGGUUCAGCGCCUACCUGGCUUAAGAAGUAGCUGGAAAAGAUGUCUAGGGCUGUUCAUCUUCCAGUCCCCUGUCCUGUUCAACUUGGUUCCUUAAGAAAUGACUCCUUGGAAGCUCAGCUUCAUGAGUAUGUCAAACAAGGGAACUAUGUGAAAGUGAAGAAGAUUCUUAAGAAAGGAAUUUAUGUUGAUGCAGUUAACUCCCUGGGCCAGACUGCACUUUUUGUUGCGGCAUUACUAGGCCUUACGAAGGUAGUUGAUGUUCUGGUGGAUUAUGGAUCAGAUCCAAAUCACCGCUGCUUUGAUGGGAGCACCCCUGUUCAUGCAGCAGCAUUUUCAGGGAAUCAGUGGAUCCUCAGUAAACUGCUGGAUGCAGGGGGUGAUCUUCGACUCCACGACGAGAAGGGUCAAAAUCCCCAGACCUGGGCCCUGACAGCAGGGAAGGAGCGUAGCACCGUGAUGGUGGAGUUCAUGCAGCGCUGUGCCUCGCACAUGCAGGCCAUCAUACAGGGCUUCUCCUAUGACCUCCUAAAGAAGAUUGACUCCCCUCAGCGGCUCAUCAGUGGCCCACCCAGGCUUGGUGGCCUCAUACAGGGAAACCCUAGUGGCUCUCCUAACCGACUGCUUAAAGCUGGAGUCAUUUCUGCGCAAAAUAUCUACAGCUUUGGCUUUGGGAAGUUUUAUCUCACAGGGGGAGCACAGCUGGCCUACCUGGGAUCUCUUCCAGUAAUUGGAGAAAAGGAAGUGAUUCAAGCUGAUGAUGAGCCUACCUUCUCUUUCUUCAGUGGCCCCUACAUGGUCAUGACCAAUCUGGUGUGGAAUGGGAGCAGGGUCACAGUGAAGGAGCUGAAUCUCCCCACCCAUCCUCACUGCAGCAGGGUUCGGCUGGCUGACUUGUUAAUUGCAGAGCAGGAACACAGCAGUAAGCUGCGGCACCCGCACCUGCUACAGCUGAUGGCUGUGUGCCUGUCCCAAGACCUAGAGAAGACCCGCCUUGUUUACGAGCGCAUCACUGUCGGCACACUGUUUGGUGUUCUCCACGAACGGCGGUCCCAGUUCCCCGUGCUCCACAUGGAGGUGAUUGUGCAUCUGCUGCUCCAGAUCUCUGACGCCCUGAGAUACUUGCAUUCCCGGGGGUUUAUCCACCGCUCCCUCAGCUCCUACGCCAUCCACAUUGUCUCCGCUGGGGAAGCAAGGCUGACCAACCUGGAGUACAUGAUGGAAAGCCAGGAUGGACGUGUACACAGGGACCUGACUCGAGUGCCCCUCCCAACCCAGCUGUACAACUGGGCUGCCCCGGAGGUGAUCUUAGAGAAGGCAGCCACAGUGAAGUCGGACAUCUACAGCUUUUCUAUGAUCAUACAGGAGAUUUUAACAGAUAACAUACCCUGGAAUGGCUUAGAUGGCUCAGUUAUUAAAGAAGCCAUAGUCUUGGGAAAUUAUUUAGAAGCUGAUGUAAGGCUUCCAAAACCUUAUUAUGAUAUUGUUAAGUCAGGCAUCCAGGUCAAGCAGAAAGACCGAACUAUGAACCUUCAAGAUAUCCGGUACAUUUUGAAGAACGACUUAAAGGAUUUUCUCGGAGCCCAGAGAACUCAGCCAACUGAGAGCCCCAAGAUGCAGAGAUAUGAACUCCAUCCUGAUGUCAAUGUUUGUCUAGGACUGAUGUCAGAACAUUUGAAAGAGACCCCUAACUUGGAAAUAAAAGAGCUAAAGGAAACGGCAGGCAGUCGGCUUCAUUCACCCACGGAGAAAGCAACACCAGAUCCUCAGGUCCUAGAUCCAGGUCUGAUGGCCAAGGAGACUCAGAACCGAGAUGCUGCUUCUCCUGCCUGCUCUGUGAUGGAAGAGGACGCCAGGGGGCCCAGCCCAGGUCAGGCUAGCCUCUGCAGCUUUGAAAUCAAUGAAAUCUACUCAGGCUGCCUGGACAGGGGAGAUAACACGAAGGAGGAGCCCCCAGGAACUGAUUCAUCUGUUGUGGGAGCUGGACCAAGCCAAGCAGAUGAACUAAAGUCCAUGGAAGAAGAGUUGGAAAAGAUGGAGAGAGAAGCAUGCUGUUUUUAUGAUGAGGACGAGAGCUCUUCAGAAGCUGACACAGAGCUCUCCUUUGAGGACUGGGAUUGGCAAAAUGGUUCUCUUAGUUCACCCAGCCUACCUGAGCUAGCCAGAGAAGCCAAGGGCAAUGGGAGCAAUAGGUGCAUGACCGAGGAGUACAUCAGUAAGUGUGUGCUGAAUCUGAAGAUUUCACAGACAUUAAUGUACCAGAAUGCCGAUUUGCUGAGGAAUACUGAACAGAAAAUUGAUAAACUUGAGAUGAUACAAAAGGGGCAGGAGGAGUACAGGUCUUUGUGGGCUUCUUCAAGAGAGUUUACAAACAUUUAUGACUCACCUUCAGCCUUGGGCCCCCCAGCUUCCACCUAUGUUCCACCUGUCAUGCAGCUGCCAAGAGGCCAGCAGCUGGACCCCAGUGGCAAUUGCCAAACCCUGACAAGAUCUUCCAUGGUGAGAGACUUUCAAGGAGGACAUUUUGGCAAAAGGUCCAGGAAAAGAAGUGACUGUGGCUGGAAACCUGUCAUCCAAGUCUCUGAAGAAAGCACUGGGGAUCAGUCAGAGAAGAGCCAUCAGCUGCCAACUUUUAGUGGACCUGGAAAACAGGGCACAAGUGAACAAUCGCAGCCCUCUCAAGGAGCCAAGCACAGUUUGGAAAGAAACAGGAGCCCAAAUACCAGCAGGAUCAGUGUGGAAUCUGUGUCUUCUGAAAUCUGUCAUACAAAGUUAAGAAAUAACGAAGAUGAUGGAGAGGUACACUUAAAAUGGAAAUUGGAGGUGAAAGAAAUGGCAGAGAGAGCAGCCACCGGGCAGCUGGCAGUACCACCAUGGCAUCCUCAGAGUAGUGCGGCUUUAGAGGAUGAAGUUAAAGAUGAGCCUGAUUCCCUGCUGCAGCCCCCGCUUGGGGACCCUGAGAAAGUGGGUUGGCAGUGCACUGUAGAGUAUCCCAGGGAAAAUGAUGAGUCAAGAGAAAAUGGCAAAUGUAACAAAAUGGGUAACAGUGACUGUGACAGUGACCAGCAUGGCAAACAGCCUGGACCUCAAAGCUUCAACAGUAUCAGGCACCUGUCUCCCAGCAAAAAUGUGUAUCCAGAGCAUAGUGAAGUCUUUCAAGCAAGUUCUGACGCAUCUGUGGUCAUCGAGAAAUCUUACAGUGAUCAGUCCAUGCAAUCAACUUGUUCACCAGAGUCUUCUGAGGAUGUAACAGAUGAAUUUUUAACUCCAGACUAUGAAUAUUUUCAUUCUUCAACUGCUCAAGAAAACUUAGCUCUAGAGACUUCAAGUCCUAUAGAAGAAGACUUUGAAGGAAUACGAGAUGCAUUUGCCCAACCUCGAGGUUCUGGCGAAGAAAAGUUCCAAAUGAGAAAAAGCCUUGGAAGGAAUGCUGAGAUUUUGACCAGGUCUCAAUUCCAACCUAUACGAACUACUGAAGGUGAACAAGAGGAGACAUUAAAGGAAUCACCAAAGGAGCUGAAAGAGAAAGACAUAUCACUGACAGACAUUCAAGACCUGUCUAGUAUUUCCUAUGAACGAGAUGGUUCCUUUAAGGAAGUCUCAUGCAAAACACCCAAAAUAAACCAUGCACCUACAAGUGUCAGCACUCCACUCAGCCCAGGGUCAAGUUCUUCAGCUGCCAGUCGGUAUAAAGACUGCCUUGAAAGUAUCACAUUUCAGAUUAAAACAGGUUCUACCUCAUGCUGGAACAGUCAGGAAUCCAUUCAAACUUCAUCUGAUAGAUUUACAACUGUUCGAGAGAAAGCAAAGAGCCUAGAUUCCUUUCUUACUUCCUCUGAAACUGCCCCUUCAAGACUGACCGAUCUCAAAAGAUUGCCUGCAUUUACUGGGGCCGGUUCCUCCAGCAUUGCUAAGUCACCUGACACAUCAUCCCAUGCCACCCAGAGAAGGAGCCUGCAGAAAGCAUUAGUAGAAGCCAUUUCACAGCAUCAUGUUGAUGAGCUACCACCACCAUCUCAGGAGCUGCUUGACGAAAUUGAGCACUUGAAGCGACAGCAGGCCUCAUCCACAGUGUUGCGGGAGAACACAGCAAGUUAUCUGGGUGUCACUGUAAAUGAUCAAAGGCACUUAGAAGAACAAGAAACCAACAGUAAAAAAGAAGAUAGCAGUAUGCUCUGGACCAAAGAAACUCAGGAUCUAGAAGAGGACACAGAGAGACUUGUCACCUCCUGGUUUCAGGAUCGCUGCUAUCUACACACCAGGCAGGUGGGGAAAAGGAAUAUUCUGACUCUGCCCCUUUUUUUAUCUGGAAAGCAGAUGCCCACUUAUAUUACACUGGCCAAAUGUGAUGCAUGACCACCCUCAUUUACAAGGGAGACUAGAAAUUGAGUUUUUAGCUUUUCAGCUGCUAUAGAAGAGGAAGGGAAGGAAGAAGAGUGCUACGAAUAACUUUUAGGUAGUGAAUCUAGUUCCUGUCCCACUCUUUAAAGGCUAAAUUAUUCUCUAUGAGGAAGAAAAAGAAAGAGACCUGGAAGGGAAAGUUUGGGAGGUGGAAGAGGAGAUGAGCCCUGGGACCUGCAAGGAAGGUCCUGGGGAGACAGAAAAGACAAGGGCAAAGGGAGAGGAAGAGAAAUACAUUUUAAAAGUUUUAGAAAUCUUUUUAUCUAUAAUGUAUGAUGUAACUCCAGUCCUCUCAUCUCCUCAAAACACCUUCAGUAAAAAUCUACAUCAUUAUUCAAGCCAAGGAAGAUUAGCUCAAGAAGUCUGAGUUAAACUUGGUUGUAUUAAGUACUUUACAUGUGAUCAAAAGUUAGCUACUAUUAUUAUUUUCCAAAAGGGCUGGCUGUGCUGGACAUAGAUAGAUGCCCAGAGUGGGACUUUUCAGGCCUUCUGAAAACACUGUGCAUCCUUUAGCUUCAGAGGCAGUUCUUCAUUCAAAAAACUUAUAGGAAUGAGUGUACAGUUCUAGCCCAGGGUGGAAAUUAACUUAAUGGCCUAGAAUGGAGACUGAGUCUGGCAUUGGACUUUGGGAGGUGGCUAUUCUCAUGGGUGCUGAAGCUUUUUAUUAAGAAGCUAAAGAAAGUUUUUGGUGUGCAUCUAAAUUGUAUGUAAGUGACCUCUGCAACUGUAAAUACAAUCUCACCUAGCUAUCAUUUUCUUAUCUGUACAGUGAAAACACACGUUUUAAGGUCCUUUCCCACUCUAAAACACUGUACCUCCUUGUCAUGGGAUAAGAAUUGUCUCAGUUCUCUUCACUUGUCCUU